GUGGAAGAAAGAAGAAGAAGAAGAAGAAAGUUUCUUGAUCGACAUGCCGAAGAACACUUUCAUCGAUAUGCGGACGACGCAUCAGUUUUAAUCAUUUCACUUUCGUUAUUACACCUGUGCCGGACUGUAUUGUGUACUCGUACUUUCUUAGUGAAAAUCUCGGUUGUGAUUCAUUUUAUUUUACAAUAAAUUAUGGAUUUACAGAUUUUCUUGGGUCUCACAGCUCUCCUAGCUUUAGUGCAAAGUCAAAAGACUCUCACCCCUUUUCACACUAGAACAGAACUAAAAGUUUCCAGAAGCUUAAACCCGGAAAACCUUCAGACAUUAAACGUGCGCACCAGAGAAGGGAAUGUCGCGCAGAUCAUCGUGACAAGGAAGGACAGAUCCACCGCUUUUAUUAAGGAUGAGAGUGACAGAAGCAGAACCCAGUUCGUCCCUAUUGGGCAAAAUUUAGAGCAAGAUACUGGGCAUGAUCCCUCGAUGAACACUCAGUACUUGCAUAAAAAAGAGGAAAACUUCAAGUCGACCCCCAAUUGGAUCCCGUUAUCCCAAAAUUACAACGAGGCCACCAACAGGGUGUUAAACACCAUCGCGGUGGUGAGAACUGGAAGUUUCGUUAAGCCAACUCAGGAUAACCAGUUUAGCGAUCGAAUCCCUAAUGGCACCCCAAAGGUCAAACGUGCGGAUACCAACAAAAAACAAUUCAUGGAGGUCGGCGGCGAUGGUAUCCCAGUGAUCCAUGGAGUGCGUACCCCUGACGAUCCGUCGGACACUCAAACAUGGAGAAAUGCUCGUGUGAUAAAUGGUAAACUAUUUCCGUACAAAAAAGGGUAUAAGCCCCCUGCGGCGGUUCCUUUGGGCGAGCUGGUGUUCCCUAGUAAGUCGGAUGAAAAGCCUAAGGCGCUCCCUGUAGGUCCCUUUACUAAAGACGAUAAUUUUAAUGCGGGGAGAGAUUCGGAAGUGACCAAACGUGAGGAGGGUGGAAAACUGAUGUUUUCCGGCGGACCGUAUACCACCGAUGACAACAAACGGAUCGAUUAUCUAAGAAAUUUGUACAAGCAAGAGGCGCGGAAGGAUUAUACCAACUCAAGAAAGUACCGGUCGUACGAUUACAAUCAAAAUUUAAAUAACGAUAAUCCGGAUUACGUAAAUGGUUAUCGCAGUGAAAGUUAUGAUAAUGCCAAUAAUAAUAACAACCAGUUUCAACGCAGGAUGUUGGUCAAUCCGGAGAGUCAAGUCUAUUUUCCUGCGUCGCAAAUUUAUUCUGCUCCAAGCGUAACUAAAUUAAGUCCGGUAAACUUCAACGAGGGAGUUCGAACGCCCGUGCUGCAAUAUGCCCAUCCCGAGUUGGGAGUUCAACCUGCGAAAGCGACCAACGAUGAGCAGGAAACAAAUGCCGCCACUCCGUAUGUAGUCCGAGAUUCUUACAGGGAAAAAGACUAUACUGCCUACGGAGACUCCAAUAACAACCAAGUGACCCGAUACUACACAGAACCAAAUACAAACACAAUUAGCUACUACAAAAAAGAUGUCCUAAAUUACCCUUAUAACACUUAUUAUGUUAAGCAUAAGCCCGAGCAGUCUUUCUGGGUGAAAAUCUCUGAAACCAUCAAAGAUAAUAUGCAAACGGGUAUCCAGAAGAUGCAAACGUUAACUAGACCAGUGUUUGAGCCUUUGGCAGAGGCCACUCAGAAGAUCACUUACAACUUGGGUCUGACGGGGGAUAAUUUACAAAGGGCAGAGAAGAAAGUUGGUUUAGCAACCAUGGCUGGGAGUUCUGUCAUUUUACCGGCCCUAGGUUUGGUUGCUGGUGGAGCUGCUUUAGGUUUAGGCGCAGCCGCCGUAGGAAGAUUCUUCAGUCCCAUCGAAAGCAUGAGAAGUUUGGAAAAUGACCCCACAAACCCCAAUGGAUUCGUCUUUCUCACAAACGACGAGACCCCAAAAAGGUUCAAAAGAAGCCCCUUUAUUGAGGAAAACAACUUUGAAUACCAAUCGGACAAUGAAGAAUUCAAUAAAAAACUCUCCGAGUCGAUGUCAUCGAACUUUUGGGCAGACACUCCAUGUUCCAAACAUGUGUUUUGUCACGUGAUGCUCCAGAAACAUCCGGAUGAAGUUAUUUUUAUGGAAAAACAAAUGCGGGGUCUAAUAUUGUCAUUGGAUCCAGAAAUGGCACAGUCGGUUUCUCAGCAUUUGCAGGACGUACUUGGGGCAAUCCAGAGACGAGACUGUUCCAGGUUUUUAUGUGAAAUGAAACUUCCUAAUUUACCUGUUAAGUCGUCAUAGCGUAGCCAAUAUAUGAGGGCAUACAUAUUGAGUACAACUGUUAAUUUUAGUAACUAUUUAUUGCAUGUAAAUAAACUAUUAUAAAUAA